GUAAACAUUGGCGGCGGCAAGGAAAAACCCUUCACUGAGGCACAAAAUGAUUAUCUUCAAGAGUAUUACCGUGAAGCAGACGCCUACCUCAAAGAAAAUGAUUUCAAAAAACUGGUAAAGAGUCUUCAGGAGGAAAAGAAGCCGACUGACAGAAAAGAUGUGGAUCUUCCCCUGAUGCACAAAGCAAUUACUAUUGUUUUUCAACGAGCAAAAGGACUUUGCAGUGAUGCUCCAUCUUUGGUGGUUGCGGAUUAUGACAUCUCUGAAACAUUCAAUCGGAACGAGAUAUUCACAACAGCCAUGAAGAAUAUGAAGGAUGAUGAGAGAAACAAACUUUUCGAAGCGAAACCGCAGAAAGAGAUCAUCGAUAGCUAUUCGGAUAGCUAUUCGGGGAACCUCAGAAAGAAAUCAUCAUGGCUUCUCCCCAUGACAGGAGGGUCCGGAACUGGAAAGACUAUUAUUGUGAAGAAGAUAGCGAAGCGAUUUGCAGAAAGAGAUGAAGUACUAUUAGUGAACCUAGCAGGUGGAGAGCUCACGGAGCGCUUCCAAGGAGAAUUCCAAGGAAAAAGGGAAAAAAUCACGGUGAUGGAUGGAGUUCAUGAGAAGAUUGCGGAGAACCUUCAAGGGAUACGUGAUUUCCUUGAUAAAAACGGAAAGGAUAAGCAUGUUCUGUUUGACGAGGUCCCUCUCACUCUGGGAUUUCAGGGUACCCUUGAUGAGAAGGGGCUCACAGAUCACUGGAAGAAAAUCUCCAAUUUCAAAAGUUUAGUGAAAAGCCUUACACUUGCAUUCCGCCCGAAUGAUGAAACUUAUACGACGGAAAUUGAUCUAAAAAAUGUCAAGAUCGCAGGUGUCGAUUUGAAGAUCUUGCAUGAUGUGAAAAGAAACACAAGGUUUGUGUCCGACUUAUUCCUGGCCCUUGGCAACUACGUGCGGAGGAUUUUUUUAUGCGAAGAACCGAGUCUUCGAGGCAUGAAAUUCCCCGAACGUGUUGAAUGUGAGAAAGUGGAACCCAGUAUAUCACCCAUCCUUUCAUGUUCCACACUUCAUGAUAACUGCCAAAGCAAUUCCUGUUGGGCAGUCAGAUCUUCCCAUGUCUUGCUAUCAAUGGUCGGAAAAAAUGAAGAAGCAAAGGAAGACACUACGAAACAACUGCAGCCAUUAUAUGUUAUUGUUGACACCAAGGAAAGAAGAAACAGGCUGGUGAAUACCAUAAGCAAUGUAUUUGGGCGUGAAGUCGGAUUUGUGGAUUCCCUUGGAAGAUUGUGCGGUUCAUCGUCCAACUCCAUUGUAGUUGUGGCUUCUGAUCAGAUUCUAGGAUGGCAUUCAAUGGAGAAAAUUGUCAUCCUGGAUCUUCUUGAGAGUAAAUGGAAGAACUACCUUCGUAUCAUGUAUUCAUGCCACAAGAACAUCGUCAUUGCCGUUGAUGGUGUUUCACAAAUAGGAAAGUAUUCCGAAUUCUAUAAGAAGAUAUUUAAUGAACCGGAAAUUGAAGAUAACAAAAAGGAGGAGCUGUUGAAGAAACUAGAGAGUGUUGAGAACAUCCAGGGCAUGGGAGAAUUGAAUGAAACAAAAUGGGAUGUUAAUCCCUUAAUUGAGGAGAAUGCGGAUGAACCUCACGACGAACAUGAAAAUGUUCCCCAAAGCAAGUUGACAGUUAAUGUCAUCGAGCUCCCUAAGUCGCAGCAUUAUACUGGCUUUACAAACCCAGAACUACUUAAAUACAUCUGUAAGAAUGAGACCAACAAACAAGUUUCCCUGAAUAUUAAAAGCCUUUAUACAGCUUCUCGCCCAGGUGCGUUUGAGCACGGCCCGAAACCCCAGCGUGUUAAUAUGGACUACAUUUGCCGUGGAAAUCAUCAGGGUAAUCGAUGCAAGAGAGACUUGUGUAUGCGUUACAUUGCUGCCUUCACAUGCUUUCGCUACCUACUGAAAACGAUUGAAGACCCAGUGCCCGUACUGAUGUCAGAUGAAGAUCUAAAGCAGUUCCUAUCUGAAUACAGCAAAAAAGAGGGCAAAAAGUUUCAUUUCAUUCACCCCAAAAAUUUUCGAGGAUGUGAAUCCAGUAGUUCCAUCACUGUUAACGUAGAGGAUUCCUGGCUUCUGGAGAGUUUAUCCAGAGCUCAAACGAAUCUCCACAUCAUUGAUUUCUUACCGAAUCAUCAAGACGUUUGGCGCACCAUGCUUGAAGAGGAAAAGGUGGAACAGGAAGAGGUGACAGAGGAGGACCCCAUUCCAAUUGAAAUCAUUCAAAGGCUGAAUGAGUUUGGAAAAUUCCAUGUUGCUGUAUCAUGUGAGCUCAGCGGUUUACUGCAUUUCCUGAAUAAUCCCGCCUCUGAAUAA